CAUGGGGUGAACUCGGCCGUCUUGGACGCGGUGCUCGACGCUCGUCAGACGAUCUUGGACCAGCCUCUGUUCGGUGACGUCAGCGACGCGAUGCCCGGCAACAUCAGCGACGGCACCUCGCACAUGGCGGCCUACAGCGAGGAGCAGGCCAACGGGGCGCUCGGGAGCGUCGGUACUUACAUGGCUGGAGCGAAUCUGUUCUGGAUCGAUCUGAUGAACAAUAUCAACUCUGGGGUUCCCAUCAGCAUGAAAUCGAUAGAUCAGCUCGUGGACAGGUUCUUCACGACGCCGCCUGCUGCGUUCCCUGGCACAGUCACAGUGGGUGUCAUUUCGGGUGAUGCCGUCAACGCGGCGGGUGGCAAGUUGGUCCGCAUCAGCCCUGAGGAGAUGCUGUACGCAUACUUCGUCGGGGCAGCCAAGAGCAUCUCGGCGAACCCGGGCGACGACGAGAACGUGUCCAAGUGGAAGCAGGUGGCGCUUUCGGUUCCCAUGAGUUUCGUGCGGUGCGCAGACCAAGAUGAUCGCUAUUGGAAGGCAGUCAACCUGAGGGAAGAGAUCGGGACUCAAUACGCCGCGAUGUACAGGAGCGCGGUCCAGAGGAUUUUUGAGUCGGUCAACUGGAAGAAGCGCAUGGAGAAGCGCGAUGGAAUCACGAACAUGUCAGUGAAUGACGUGACGAAGGCAUGGGAGUCAAAUGUUACGGUCGCCUCCAUCGGGGAAACCAUCAACAGCGGCUUCAUCGACGCGGCUCUCACGGUUUGGAACCGCAUGCUCAGCGAUCCCAUCUGCCAGAAGAUAAUUCUCAAAUCAGAAGAGGACUGGGGGAAAAGGACGCCGUGGGAUUCGGUCUACAAGCUGGAGCUGGUCAUCAAACGUUGCGGUAAAGAUGGUGGAGAGACGUCCUUGAUCAACAUGCGCUGGGUGCUGGCGUCGGUGACUGACAUGAUAUUGAACGAGUAUGUGGUAGCGUCAUUCUUUACGACGCGCAAUCUCAAUGGACGCGGUCAGCCUGGCAACAAGGGCAUCCAAGACAUCAUAUUGUAUAAGAUGGCGCUGAAGAACGAGUGCGCCAAGUACAUGGUCGAGCUGAACUGUUUCAAGUCCGACGAGCUUGACAUUGUUAACGAGUACCUGCGGUCGCACGAGGCCUACCGCAGCUUCUUCGGGUACGAGGGCGAGGUGGUCAGCCGCGCCUUCUUGAAUCGCCACCCCCCGUGCCUGAGGCAGAUCGUCCUCUACUUCGGGGACCCGGACUUGACGUACGGGCAGAACAACGACGCCAACAUCAAGCACGCCGUGAAGAACAACUUGCCAGUGAAAGAGUUUUUCGAUCGACCGGAGAUCAAGGAGACUAUGGACAAGAUGACGGAGGCCACGCAGACUUACUUCGGCACCGAGGCUCCAACGCAGCGCAUGGUCCCCGCUGAUGUUGCUUGCGAGGCUGAGGCGCACGGCGUGGCUACGGGUUUCGCCAUGUCCAGGGAGUUGGUCGAGAGCAUGACUAGCAGCGAUAGGCAGCCAGAUGGCAUCAAGGAAGUCAUCCAGAAACGGUUGAAGCUCGUUGAAAAAAUCAAUUCUUUGGCUGACGACGGCAAGGAGGAUUUGAAGUCGUUGGAGAAGGCCGCCAGGCAGAAAGUCGCUGAUUACGUGCAGCUCGUGGUCGAGUCCGGGAGCGCAACGAGCCUUUCGAAAAUCAUCGCCGAUUCGCACGUCGGACAGCUGCGUGGCGACGGCGACGGCCAGAAGCAGAUCUUGAUCUUCUACGACAAUAAGCAGGCGGGGGAGGCCCAGACGACCCCGCACUUGAGGAUGCCCCCCCUGAAGGUUGAGCGCUUGAAGAAGUGCAUCACGGCCGUGAACUUGACGCGCGACGGGGGCCAGGACUGCCUGGACGCCGGGGACCUUUGGCUCUUAUUCGACGGCGGCGUCGCCGGGAACAGGUCCGUCAUGUUGAACCAGAUGCAGAAUUCCGAGGGCAAGCCGCUGAACAAGUCCGUGUCCAAUUUGUACCUGCACUACAGCGAGGACGCCAUCGAGUCCAAGUACAGCAAGCUCAAGGACACCUCGAAUCUUAACCAGUUGGA